AUGCGUGUGCAACUCUUGAGCCUGGGAGCAUCCCUCCUGCCCCUUGCUGCCGCCCAAUUCACUGGCAACGGUAACAGCACCAACGCCACCAGCACCGGGCCGGAUGAGGACGGCAAGUACUGGAUUUACGGCGAGGGCAUCUCGGCGGCCUUUAUCCCGUAUGGAGCGUCAAUCUCAAACUUACUCAUCAAGGACCAGUAUGGCAUUGAGCGAGAUAUCGUGGCGGGCUUCGACAACGCCAGCUACUACGCCAUUGAUCGGCAACAUCCACACUUUGGCGGAGUUCCUGGCCGUUACGCAAAUCGCAUCAAGAACAGCUCGUUUGAGAUUGACGGCGAGACGUACCACAUCAAGCCGAACGAGAACCCUACCAAGGACCACCCCGACGGAGUGGACACGCUCCACGGAGGCCCCAAUGGUUGGGACUGGCGCAACUUCACCGUGGCAUCGCGCUCGAACAACAGCAUCACCUUCUCCUUCGUCGACCCGGACGGCGAGCAGGGCUUUCCCGGCGAGGUCGUGUCCUACAUCACCUACACCCUCGGCAACAUGACCUGGGACUUCAAGAUGGUCGCCAUCUCGACCACCAAGAAGACUCCCAUCAUGCUGAGCAGCCACACCUACUGGAACCUGGACGGCUUUGCCAACAACGACACACAGAGUGUCUUGAACCACACCUUCUACCUGCCGUACAGCGGCCAGAGGGUUGGCGUCGACAACAUUCUUAUCCCGACGGGCGACAUCCUUGCCAACCAGCAGGGCUCGGUCAACGAUUUCUGGAGUGCGCCGAAGCAGAUCGGCACUGAUUUCCAGAAGGAAGAGCUGAAGAACAAUUGCGGCUUCAACUGCACAGGUUAUGAUACCUGCUGGCUCGUCAACCGUCAGCAAGACGGCCCCUACGACUGGCGUGCAGAGGAUGGCUUCGUCGCGCGGCUGCAGUCCCCCUGGUCCGGCAUCCAGCUCGACAUCUACUCGGACCAGGAAGCCUUCCAGAUGUACUCGUGCAACGGACAGAACGGCUCCAUGGCCCUCAAGAAGACCCAGGGCCUGUUCGACAACAAGGACUUCCCGCGCACCAUCCCCAAGUAUGGCUGCGUCGUGCUCGAGGUGGAGGACUGGAUCGACGCCAUCAACCAGCCCGAGUGGCAGCGAGGCAGCAAGCAGAUCUACGGCCCCGGAGAUGACCCGUACGUCCUCCAGGCCAGCUACAAGUUCAGUAUCAAUGCCACCAAGACCUCCUGA